AUGAAGGCCGUGUUGCAGCAGAGAAAAAAUAUCCCGCCCGAUGGAAUUGCGCAAUCGAACAUGGCCUGUAGGAAGCGCUACGAGUGUACGCAAUGCAAGAACCGCUUCGUCCUUCAGAGCGGCCUACAACGACACCGGGAGAAGUACCAUGGCGCACCACAAACCAAGGAGAAAACAAAACAGCUUCUUCAGGCAGCGGCCCUAAAGUGUAUGAUCUGCGGGACGAUUUUCCCGGAUGUUGAUCGAUACCACCAACACAUGAACGGGCACAACUGGGAGAAGCUGCUGGCCAACGUUCCAUCCUGGGCAGCGAACCGAUACGCAACCAUUUUCAGCAAGCAUUCACGGGUCGUCGCCAUCAGCAGGGUGCUGCUGUGCGAAUAUUGUGACACAUUUUUCUCCGACGAAGGGUCACUGUUCUUUCACGAAUCGUUACACUGCCCAUCGCAUGGUUUUGUAUGUCUUUUGUGCGAGAAGGUUGGCUGCAAUCUGGAGCAGAUCAAAUUGCACCGUAACGGUGAGUGCAGUUUGUACGAAAAGUACCAGGCGCAAUGCUUUACCACACUUCCGAAGAAAUACUGCUGCAACGUAUGCUGUUACCUGUUCGACGAUCUGGACAGCCUGUUUAUUCACCGCCAGGAGUUCCACCAUUUCUUUCCACGUGCGUUAAGCGGACAAGUGGACACCAUAUCUGGCGAGGAUUUGCUCGCUUUGUGCUGCGAAGUUUGCUGUUCCCUAUUCUGCACGCUGCCGGAGCUGAUGGAACAUAGUAAGAAGGAACACACGAGCGUAUCUGUUCCCGCUAGUAAACCAAGCGCGCCACAGGUACCACUCUCGCGCACACGCGUCGCGGGUACCAAGCGUAAACCUGAGACGAACAUACCGGAAGAUGGCACCAGUGAAUCGCUCCGGCCAUAUCUAUGUGAAAAGUGCGGUAAAACGUACACGCAAUCGAGCCAUCUGUGGCAGCACCUGCGCUUCCACAACGGAGUCCGGCCGUUCGGUUGCCCAAUGAAGGGCUGCCAACGCCGGUUCACCAUCCGUCCGGACCUGAACGAUCACGUCCGCAAGUGCCACACCGGGGAGCGGCCUUACCUGUGUGAGAUCUGCAACAAACGGUUCCUGACGGGCUCCGUGUUCUACCAGCACCGGUUGAUCCACCGUGGCGAACGACGUUACGGGUGCGCCGAUUGCAGCAAGCGGUUCUAUCGCGCGGACGCCUUAAAAAACCAUCAACGUAUACAUACCGGUGAGAAACCGUACGAUUGCAGCUUUUGUGACAAAAAGUUCCGCCAACGUGGCGAUCGCGAGAAACACGUUCGCGUUAAGCAUUCCCGAGACUGA